UUGCACUUGUGUGGAAUAACUUCAUGUAGCGAUCUGCACAGGAAGUAGACCAUCACAUGAAACUCUAUGUGGAUCAGUCAGACACUCAGAUAAGCAAAAGAGUAACAGACCCCGCCGUAGUUAAGAAAAUAUUAGGUGGCGGUGGUGGAGAUGGGGGAGAUGGAGGAGACGAUGGAGAUAAGAAGAAGGGUCCUAAGAAAGAAGGGGACAGCGAGGCGGAGGAUACCCGACAGAAAAUGAAGCUUGGCGUAGAAGCCAUGUCUGCGCAAGCGGUCAAGGACGUCGCAGAGGUGUCUGAGAUGCUCCUCAAGGGUACGACUGUAGACCAGGAUAUUGUCGAGGUAGACGAGAACGUACUGCUCCAGGAUGUCCCUGAAGAUGUCGUUCAUAGCCCUCUGGAAGGUAGCGGGUGCUUUGUCGAUGCAAAGACGAAGAGUUCCAUCCGCUUUGCGAGCAAAGAGGAUGGGUGCACCCCACGGGGAAAUGCUGGGUUUAAUGAAACCCAGUCUCAGGAGCUCCUCAAGCUGACGCUUGAGUUCGGUGGCCUCGGGGAUCAAGAGUCUGUAGGGUGCCUGGUGGUGAACACGAUAGUCAGGCACAAGCUGGAUGGAGUGCUCGACGUCGCGCAUCGGUGGGAUGCCAACGCUUUUCGGAAGCCUCUUUACGGAGAUCGCUUUCUCGAGGUUUCCUACAUCUACUCUGGUGGGAGAGGACGGAUUGAGAUAUUGAUUGGAGCUUCAGGUGACAUCACUCUUGCGGAGGAGCUUUAUCUCAGGAGUGUCGCAGGCAAGGAGAUGGCGAGAUGGAUGGCCUAUAUCUGCAAGAUUGAUCCAGCAGCGCCUCUCGAUAUUAGCUAUGUGGUUCCAGAGUCUAUAGCCACGCGGGCACUCGUAGUCAUCCACGACAGGCAGACGAUGUGCAUUGACAUUUUGGUUCAUGGACAUCCUCAGUCUUUCGUAGAUUUCUUCAUGCUCAGUCACCCAGAAUUCCUGCCUGAAGCAAAAGCGAAAGCAGCACAAAAGGAGCAUUCUGAAGCCGUCCCACCAGCAGCAGAGGAAAGUGGAGAGCCCCCAAAGGAGAAGGACGAGGUUGGUUCUGAGACAUAUGCUCUUCUGCGAGAGAACCUGGUAUCGGCAGAGAUUGCGUCAUGGAAAGGUAUAUUGGACUUGUGAAGAGGUAAUCGUUGCACAAGUUAAAACUUAAAGCACAGCUUUUUUACCAUUUUUCUUCUUCUUUUUUUACAGCUUUCUCAUGGGAAAAUGAUGAUGAAGAUGAUAAACGCAUUCACAGGGU